AUGGCGGAUGAUGCAUCGAGCAGCAGCGCUUGUACCGGCAAUUUAGUUGAUAACUCAAUUAAUCAGGAUGAGUUGAUUAUGAAGCAGCAACGCGAGAUCGAGAAAGAGAUUUCAGAAUCUAUUCCAUUAGUCGGUGACUUGGAAGAAUUGGCGUCUUUAGAAAAGGAAUAUAAUGAAGACCCAGUAUACCUAUUGAAAAUUAAAGAUUUAGCUUCAAAAUACAAAUGCAUCAGAAGAACAAGACCGGACGGUAACUGCUUUUUCAGGGCCUUUUCAUAUGCAUAUUUAGAACAUCUUCUCAAUGAUAAAGAUGAGUAUGAGAAAUUCCACGAGAUAGCAAAAAACUCUAAGGAUAUUUUGGUCGCGUUAGGAUUUCCGCAAUUUACUGUUGAAGAUUUCUAUGAAACUUUUAUGGAAGUUGUGCAGAGAGUAGGUGAGCAAGCUGGUGGUAGUCCCGAAGCAAUAGAGGGUGUCCGCACAGAGCUCCAUGAGAAGUUCAAUAAGCAGGGAUAUUCAGACUACAUAGUUGUAUAUCUACGACUUAUUACCUCAGGGCAACUGCAAACACAGCAUGACUUCUAUCAAAACUUUAUUGAAGGACCCCGCACUGUGACAGAAUUUUGUAGACAGGAGGUCGAGCCAAUGUAUAAAGAAUCCGACCAUAUUCAUAUUAUAGCCCUUAGUAAUGCCCUUAAUGUUGGUGUUAGAGUAAAGUAUAUGGAUCGUGGGGAAGGAAGUCAGGUUAUUGCUCAUGACUUCCCUGAAGGCUCAAAAGCCAUAGUUCAUCUGCUAUACAGGCCUGGUCAUUAUGACAUUCUGUAUGCGUGA